UCCAUCCGUCUGACAGCUUUGGAAGCGGUUGGAACACUACACAAGCACUGCGCACCCCAGAAAGCUACGAUACUGCUGUUGGUGAGCUUGGAGAAGACUGCCAAGAAGUCAAAGGCAUAAAGGAGGAAGAUUUGCUGUCAGUUCUGAGGCCAAUUCAAGCAAGAAAAGUCAUUGCUGCUUGGAAGUUGAGAAGCCAGGCUCCCGAAACAAGCAACUCAUCUGUUUGUUCUUCUGCGGGACCAUCCACACCUUUGCCAACCUCUUCACCCCUAAGUUCACCCUCAACCUCUUCCAACAGCAGCCCAAGCCCUGGCAUAGACUGGGUGAAUAACUAUAUCAUACCAUGGAAUGUGAUGCCAGAGGAAGUGAUGCAGUCCCUCGAAAGAGGAAAACGACCAAGUCCACGGCUGAGGAGAGAGAUGGUCCGAAUUGUGGUCUGUGAAAUGACGCAAAAACAUUCUUGCAUAAGUAAAAAGCACACCGAUGUAGUUGCCCAGAGGAUGGUGGCAAAAUAUCCUAAAUCUCUUCAAGAUGUAAUUGAAGGGGACAUCAUUGGGCCAGGGUAUCAUUCUCUCGCCAAGCAAAUGCAAAACAGGAUGGAGAAUGUCAGGCGGUCUACAACCCCCAAAAUAAGAAAACGAAAGCAUCGCUCUGAAGACUCUGACACAGAAGAGGUUCCUCAAGAACAGAGAGCAGUGGUCCAGGACAUUUAUGGGUGCAUCAACUGGGAAGUAAAAUUCCUGCCCCUUGGAGAGACUCUUGAGACACUGCAGCAGAAGAAAGAACAACUGAAGAAGAUGUCUCAGCAGUGUGAUGUGAAUCCCCAGGAAGUCAAACGUCUAAUGAAGUUGACUUUCUACAUGCAGCGUAAACAAGUCAACCAGGGGGAAAGUCUGAAAUGCCUCCUGGAGGAGUGGCCAUUUUGGUUCAGGGAAGUUGGCAUGGAGGCCCACUUUAAGGCACUCACAGGAAUCAGUCUCAAAGAAACCUUCACACAAAAUGUGGAUCUGAAAGGGAAACGGCUCCUGAAUUACUUGAAUACUGUUUGCUCGAACAAAAGCAAAACAUUCCUCCAGUCCCUAAUGAAAUUGAAAACGGCAAGGGGUGAGCUGAUUGGUUGUUCUGAAGAUCUUAAGGAGAUGGUGCUGCUUCUCCUGUCAUGGUUUAAUGAGAAGGAAGAAGCAAUGUUCUGCUACGUGGAGGACACAAGCCUGGCAGUGGAGGUGCAGAUGGAUCAGAUUCCCUUGACCCCCACCAUUGUUGUGUGUGGACGGUCUUGCUUUUCAUCAACACGCUUCAUGCUGAGUGUGGAUCGAAACAUCGUGCAUGACAACAUCCCUUCCUUUGUUUCCGUCCUGUGCUUGCUGUUUGGGAGCUAUUACUGUUUUAACAUCCACUAUCCAUCGGCGCUGGCUUCAACCCUGGAGUUUAUGCAGAGAUGUUUUUUCUCCAUCAACCCAGAGAAGGGCACCAAAGUGGAGAAGACAACCACAUCCCGCCUUAAUGUGAACCCUAGAGUCAUCACUUUGAUUCGGGAACUUUCGGAUCAUGAGUGGCGUGAUGUCUGAACUUGGACUAAACUGAGAAAGGCGACCCAUGUGCCCCAAUGAUUGUUUUUGUGCUUUACUGUUGCCAUGUUUGUCGACAGUCGUUACUAAUUCAUUCAUUCAUUUUCUAGCGCUUAUCCCCACGAGGGUCGCGGGGGUGCUGGAGCCUAUCCCAGCUGUCUUCGGGCGAGAGGCGGGGUACACC